UAUUAAAUUAGUGUUACUCUUUUAUUUACACUAUAAAUAGCUCUCUCAUAUUGUGUCACUUCUCAUUGCCAGUCUUCUUCUUUGCUUAUUCUCUCUUAUAAUACCUUUAAUUUCAAGCACUCAAUUUCACCAAUUCUCAAAUGGCAUCUGUUGAGGUUUCACCCGCUGCCCCAAUUGAGGAAGUGAUCAAGACCGAGGAAGUUGCAACCCCGGUAGAGGAAACCGUUGAGGCCGUGGCUACAGAAGAAACCGUGGCAGAGACAGAGGCUCCUGUUGCUGAAGAACCGGAAGCAGAGUCCCCGGUUUCCGAGGAACCAGCUGUAGUUGUUGAAGCCGAGGCAGAGGAACCUGUUGCUGAAGAACCAACAGUGGAAGAGCCUGUUUCCGAGGAACCAGCAGCCGUUGUUGAGGAACCGGCUGUCGAAGAAAAGGCUGUCCCUGUCGAGGCUGAGGAGCCUGUGGCCGAGGAAAAGGCAGUACCCGUAGAGGCUGAGGAGCCAGUUGUCGAGGCUGAGGAGCCAGUUGCCGAGGUUGAGGAGCCAGCUGCCGAGGUGGCUGAGGAAAAGGCGGUUCCGGUAGAGGCGGUGGAGGAAGCGGCGACUGCGGCGGUGGUGGAAGAGGCUCCGGUUGAAGAGUAAAUCAAUAUGGGCAUUCAUUGAAGUAUAAAAAAAAGAUGAAUGGGUGAAUUAUGAGUUGCUUUUUGAGGGUUGGCUGGCAUUCUAUGGCUUUUUUCUAGUGUUUUUAUUUUAUUUUUAAUUUCUUUGUUUCACUAUUUUAAUAUAAUAUUAAUAAUAUUGUGGUA